AUGGGUAGUGAUAAGGCAAUAAGAAAAGCGACCGCUCAGUUACCGAACGGACAUCUUUGGACACGACCUAUAAGUUAUUUUGCACCUCUGGAAAUACCGUCUCAGACGGAUGGAGAAUUGACGAGCAACACCGUCAAGCAUCAGUUUAAGUCGGGAGAUCCUUAUUUAGACAGAGAAGCACCUGAAGUGGAUUCCGACAAUUUUUCUGAAAAAGCAGAUAAGAACCAUGAUGUAACAGUGGUUAUGGAUGAAACUGCUAAUACCCACUGCAGGAGAGAACCGAACAAGGGGAGUCGAAAAUUUUAUGUGCAGCAGUUUGCUGUUUCAUGA